CACUAUACUUGUUGGAGGCUUUACUGACAUCCCUUAACACCAGUGUAAUCAACAAUGCCCGUUAACAACAUAUUUGCAAUGUUCUUUCUGCCAUCCAACUUACAAAGGGGUAGGCGCUGCCCACCGUCCAAAUCCAGCGGUAGGGAUCGCAGGCAACUGGGCCACUGAACCACCACUCAGGCGUCACAGACCGGCGAGUGCCUUCUUGAUUUUGUCUUUUGGGCAACAACACUUUCCAUCGCGUUAUCACAUUCACUCCUGUCAUGAGUCCUCUCUGCUGUCACCAUCAGCUAGUCACAGGCGCAGGUACAUGUCCUCCGGCCCCGUCUCUACUGGGUGCUGUUGGCUGAUCUUCUCAUGUCGUCCUUCAUCGGCGGCUUCACCCCAUAAUCUGUAACUGAUUCCCGCCGAGCACAUACAGCUGCCAAAGAGUCUGCCUGGUUUGGCGGACAAGAUGACGCCAAGCCACAGGUCUGCCUCCCAGCUCUGGGCGAUAGCCCGUCAUCGGCUCUUCACCAGACGUGGGUCCUACGGAGGUCAUGAGUACCAUCACCCAGCUUUUGACUCUACACUCUCCUCCCCCAUCAGUGAGCAUACGGACGGGUUCUACAUGUACUCCCAGGAGAUCCUCGAGAAGAACGGCCCGGAGUACAGAAGCCUUGCCGAGGACAUGGGAAUCAGAACCUCAGAUAGUACUGGAGCUUCGUACAAAUCUGCCCCGAUGGUUCCCAUUGGACGACCCUCCAUCCCCUACACCAUCGGUGCGCCCGAUUGGAAUAUCUUCACCACUGCAGUCCAGGACUUGGAUCAUCCGGGUGAUGCAAACGUCACGGACUGGCGAAACAGCGUCCUGUCGGUCUAUGUCAGGGUGUACACUGUUGCCAAAGUGAUGGUCAUGGUCUUUCUCCAUUAUGGGGUUGAGAUUGAUGACAUUCCCGACGGCAUCCUGGCCUACAUCAGGCGCGCGGAACAGCUCGUCAUCUCUGAUAAAGUCACCCAUCUGGUUGAAAAUGUUGAAGAUCUGUUCCAUGCUCUCUAUGCGAGGCUGAUCAUGGAACUUGCGAACGUUGAGCUGUGCGCCUGUUUCCCGUUCGGAGUUGCUCGAGUCUCUUCCUACAACAACUUUAUUCUGCCAGAACCACGUCAUUUGUUCAGGAUUUUGUUGAUGUGCAAGGAGAUUCUCGACACCCAUUCCAUCUGCACUACCAUGAACAAGGAGCUGAUUCGGCACUACCAGACUGGCUUUAUCCGUCGCUCUGUGGAGAGACUUAUGAGUACUGGAUUUGAUAUCGACGACUUGAUCGGGUUCCGUCGCCAUGCCUUGGCUAUUGCCAGAGAUCAGGACUCCCCCUUCCGCCAGAAGUGGGAUGGGCCCGGCCUGAUAUACCAGAUGCCCCCUCCUGAAGUACUCGCGAUUCAAUCUGAGAAGUACAUGGCUUUCGCUCCUCGUGAGGCCAUCGACGAUAUAGUCCCCAAUCAGAACCUCCCUUUCGUUGAGUGGCACAUGGUCGACCCGAAGGUCUGGGCGAGCGAGAUAAUCUUAGACCACCGCGAGGCUGCGCGGGCGCUCCUUGAGGGCAUCACUCUGGGGCAGCUUAGGCAGACCGACGACGACAGACGCCAGGUGAUUGACUAUAUGAGAGAGAGAAAGUGCACUUGUUGGUCCACCUGUAGCUGUGGAAUGAUCUGCACUCGGGAGCCGGAUCGCCCUUGCCCCUGCGCAGGAUGGAGACUGACCAUGCACCUUGCCCGUUGCCGCACCGAUAUCGGGCCCUUCAGCUUCCGCGACCGAUGCAGUAUUCUGUCGAGGGCCGUGUUCCAGUGGGUGGCCUCUCUCCGGGACGACGCCGACUUCUUCGAGCCUGAGGCGGCCGUGGUUCAGCUGGCCGGGCAGCCAGGUUCGCCGCCGCGCAAGAUUUUCUGGCGCUGGCCAAAAUCCACCAAAUCCAGUCUGCGUCAGUCCUGCCAGGGCCUGCCUGUUGGGAAACUUUUAGCGGGCAUGGUGCCCAAGACUCUUGCUAGCUCGACAGCCGGUCCGGUAAUUAGACGCAGCCCACUGUGGAGCGCUCACUCCGGGGCCCCCAGGACUUCGGUGCGACGGUAUCGCGCCGUCUGGCCUUCGUACGGCAUCACCACCCCGGUCCCGGAUCCUCGACCACAGGUCCCCCUGUCCCGUUCGCCGUAUUGCUUCCAGACGGGCUAUGCCCUCUGCGCCAAACGGCCCUCGCGCCCCUUCCCCCCACCGUUCCUAUCCCCGCCCUCCUCCUCCUUUUCCGACCCCCUGACCACUCACUACCUGAGCCAGGAUAAGAGAUUAUCCGUCCGGGGCGAUCUAGUCCGCGGUCUGAACAAUGGAGACGAUGCCAUUCUAGUGGCGGAGAAUUACCUCGCUGUGAAUGAUGGAGUCGGGGCGUGGGCUACCAGGCCGCGAGGCCAUGCUGCGCUGUGGUCUAGACUGCUUCUGCAUUUCUGGGCUUUGGAAAUCGAACGAGAAGCCAGAGGACAGACGGCGCUAGACCCGAUCGGAUAUCUUCAACGAGCCUACGAGGAAACAACACAAGCAACAACAUCACCCGGGGAGUGGUUCGGGACGACGACGUCGGCCUCGGCAUUGUUGCAUUGGAAGCGCGAUGAUGCGGGCAACGUGCGACCAUUGCUCUACGUGACCAACUUGGGAGAUUGCAAGAUCUUCGUCAUCCGCCCCAGAGAGAAAAAGAUCCUCUUCCAGACCCAGGAACAAUGGCAUUGGUUCGACUGCCCCAUACAGCUGGGCACAAAUAGCGUCGACACCCCGCGGAAGGAUGCGGUGCUCUCCGUGAUUGAUGUACAGGAAGGCGACCUCGUGCUGGCCGUGUCCGAUGGCGUUCUGGAUAAUCUCUGGGAACAUGAGAUACUGACUGCCGUUCUGGAUAGUAUGGACAAAUGGGCCCAAGGUCGAUAUGAUGAAAAGGGGCUUGAAUGGGCUCCACCGGCUGUGUUGGCGGAGGAACAGAUGGUGUUCAUCGCUAGGGAGCUGCUCAAGGCCGCUUUAACUAUUGCUCAGGAUCCCUUCGCGGAGAGUCCAUAUAUGGAGAAGGCGGUCGAUGAAGGACUAGCCAUCCAAGGUGGCAAAAUGGACGAUAUCAGCGUAGUGAUUGGGUCUUGCAAGAAGAGGACUGAUGAAGCUGUCCAACGCCCAUCCGGCGACUCAGUAUCCAAAAUGAGGGCCAAGCGAUCCAAGAAGUACCGCAAGCUCAUGCACCAGUAUGAACUCACAUUCGGGUUUCGUGAGGCGUAUCAAGUACUGGUGGACUCGAACUUUCUCCGCGCCGUGCAUUCGUUCAAAAUGGAAUUGAUCCCGGCGUUAGAGCGCACAGUUCAGGGAAAAGUCAAGCCGCUCCUGACCAAAUGCUCGCUCGCUGCAAUCAUGGCCUCCCAACCCAUCAACCCCCGAACCAACAACCCAUACCGCCCCGAACACCUCCCCCCUCCGACCGUCCUCCCUCUACGUCACUGCUCGCACAACGCAGACUCCACUCCCAUCGAUGAGGUCGCCUGUCUGCUCUCUCUGCUCUCGCCAUCUACCGAGACGAAGAAGAACAAGGAGCAUUAUAUCCUCGCUACGGCGGACCCGGCUGCGCCGGCCAAGGAUAAGAACGCCUCCGAAGCGGGGCGAAAGCGCAAGCGUAACGAGGCAGAGGAGAAAGCCGAGGCGGCGCUGCGGAAGGCAAGAGAGUUACGUCGCGAGGCGCGGUCGAUUCCCGGCGUGCCGAUUGUGUACGUCAAGCGAUCGGUGAUGGUCUUGGAGCCGAUGAGUAACCCCUCCGAUGCUAUCCGGGAGGGUGUCGAGAAGGGGAAGUUCCGGGCUGGGCUGAACGACGAGACCAAGAAGAAGGAAGGCGGUGAUGGUGCUGGUGCGGCGGAAAAGAAGAAGAAGAGGGAUUUGAAGAAGCCCAAGGCGCCGAACCCAUUGAGUAUGAGGAAGCCCAAGAAGAGGGAGCAGGAGGUGGCGGAGAGGCCGAAGCGAAAGAGUGAGAAUGAGGGGGAGAGGGAAGGGGAGAGACCGGAGAGAGAUGGGGAGGAUGGAGGGGAUGCGGAGGCGGCGCCGAAGCCAAAACGGAGACGUCGUCAUCAUAACCGCGGUGCGAAGACAGAGGGGGAAGGGGAAGGCGAGGGGAAAGCCGAUGGUGGCGAUGCGCCGGCUGAUGCCAUGGACGAUUGA